UUGCAAAGUUCUGCUUAGUCAACAAGUUUCCAACUAAUUUUGCAGGAUGUGUGGCCAUCUUCUGUUACCCUGUCAACUUUUCAAUCCACUACUCUCUUGCUGAUAACUUGCUGAAGGAAAGCAACAUCUGGGGAUCGUUUGGUUGCCAUCCACACCAGGUGAAGCACUAUGAUGGCAUCAUGGAACAGAAGAUCAAGGACUGGAUGAAUCAUCCAAAGACUGUUGCACUCGGAGAGAUUGGAUUAGAUUACUCUGACAGGCCACUGGAGACCACAUCGGACCACGAGCUUCAGAAGAUGAUCUUCCGACGUCAGCUGCAGAUCGCUUUGGACACCAAGAAGCCCCUAGUAAUUCACUGCAGGGACGCGGAGGCAGACACCCUCAGCAUCAUGUCUGAGAUGGUACCCAGGAACCAUAAGAUACAUCGCCACUGCUUCACCGGACCUCCCCAAGAUGCCAUCGCAUUUCUGAGGGCUUUCCCGAACUCCUUCAUUGGUUUGACUGCCCUAGUGACCUUCCCCACAGCUACCAACACACACCAAACAGCUCGAGCUAUCCCUCUCAGCAGGCUCCUACUAGAAACGGACACACCUUACUUUGUUCCUAGAAAGGUUAAAGGACGUAGGUGGUCUCAUCCUGGCAUGGCUCUCCUGGUUGCAGAGCGGAUUGCUCAGCUACGAGGAACAACCCUCGACGAUGUCCUUUCCAAUGUGAGAUCCAAUACAAUGACAAUGUAUGGCAUUUAGCUCAAUCAUUGACUUCAGCUAGUCCUUUCCUUGUGCUAGGAGCCACCCUCAGUCGACGUCCUUUCCUAUGUGAGAUCCAAUACAUUGUCGAUGUACAGGACCUAAGUAUCAACUUUUGCUAGUCCAUUCUCUUUCUAAAAGUAAGAUAACAUGUGGUCACUUGCUAUUAGCUUAUGAUAUUGCUUCAUUGAUUAGUUAGUUAUAUGUCCUUGAAAAAAAAAUUUUGUUGUAGGAAAUUCAACCAACAGGUGUAAAGAAAAUAGCUUUAGUUGAUCAGGUACAUGUAUGAGAGAAAUUUUGUGCUAGUAUCUUAGUCUUAGAACUUUUUUUGAUAUGAUGAUAUUAACUACAUGGAGUUUUUCACUUGCUUGUUUUCUCGCCAAAUUGAAAUUCAGUUGUUCAGAAUGGGAUGGGGGGGGGGGGGG